AUGUACGGAUCGGAGCCUAACCCCGAAGCGUUUCCUGACGGAGGAAUGGCUGCGAACGUGGUGUUGUUAGGGUCGUUCAUGGGCCUCAUCGCUGAUUUCGGCAUAGGCAACUCCAUGGGCGCAGUCCAGACCUACAUCACCACCCACCAGCUCAAGCACGUGGAGCCCACCACCAUCUCAUGGAUCUUCUCAAUCCACCUUGGUGUGAUGUACUUUGGGGGCGUUUUUUUCGGUGAGCUUUUCGACUUGUUGGGUGCAAAACCGCCGUUGGUAGCAGGCAUGCUCACGAUUGGAGCUGGACUCUUGUUGACAGCAGAGAGCACCAGUGUGGGUCAGUUCAUCCUCUCGUUCAGCAUUUUGACGGCGCUUGGGACCUCCAUAUCGAUGUCACCGUUGAUUGGGGCCCUCAGCCACUGGUUCUUGCGCAAACGGGCCAUGGCGUGUCUGAUAGCCACUAUUGGCGGUUUAGUGGGUGCGUCUGUGUUUCCGGUGAUGUUGCAGCGCUUGUACCAGGAAGCAGGGUUCAAGUGGGCCAUGCGGAUCUUGGCGUUAGUGUGCAUGGGGUGUAUGCUGGUGGCGGUGGUGUUGGUGAAAGAACGGGCUGAAAGUGACGCUGGAGAGACCGGAGAGCACCCGCCAGCGCGAUUCAGUGUGGUGGCCUCUGCCAGAAAGACGGCACGCUUCUUUAGAAACGCACUCGACUUGUCGAUUCUUCGUGACUCGCGCUUCGUGCUUCUCACUGUUGCCGUGGCGCUCGCCGAGUUGGUGCUGGUUUCGACCAUGACAUACUUCUCGUUCUACGCCUUGAACAAAAAUGUCCUGGAGCAGAGCGCGUACUUGUUGUUGACGGUGGUCAAUGUCAGUGGCAUUCCAUCGCGGUUGGCUGCUGGGAUCUUGGCUGACGCCUAUGGGCGCUUCAACGUGAUGUUGGUGUCGUCUGUGAUCACCACCGUGUUGGUGUUUGGAGUAUGGCUUCCUGUUGGCGCCAGAGUUGCUGGGCUCUUCGUGUUUGCUACCACGUUUGGCAUGUCCACUUCAGCAGUCAUCUCGCUCAUUCCAGCGUGCACAGGUCAGAUCUGCGCUGCCGACCGUUUUGGCAAGGUAUACGGCACGUUGUACUUCUUGUUGGGGUUCUUGACGGUGGCUGGAAUGGCGGUGGCUUCCGUAGUCAUCGGCAAGGGCUCGGGAGCCAGCUUACGUAACUUCGUGUUGUACGAGGGUGUCGUGUCGGCGACUAGCGUGGUCAUGUGGGUAGCUGCCCGCUAUAGUGCCGUGGGGUGGCGGGUGUGCAAGUUCUAG